CUAUAUACACGAUCCUGUAGCUUCUGUAGACUCACUAGUGAAUCGUCAUGACUCGAAUCCAUCGAUAGCCUGAUUUUACAAAACCAUCAUCAUACCUUCCUGCAUAUCUACCUCACCAUCAAGAGAUUCCCAAAACUCACCCAGCAGCCCCAAACCCUACCGAGCCCUCAAAACCGCCCACAUCCUCCCAAACCAUCCCAACAUGUCCCCCCGCAAAACCAAACCCCGCUCCCACCCGCGCUGGUCCAUGUACCCAGCCCUCCACACCGACAUACUCGACCUCCUCCCCUCCACCCUCCCACCCCCCACCUUCCAUCCCUUCGACGACUCCCACACCUGCACCCGCUCCUACGACACAAACAUCAUGGGGCGAUUCACCUGCGCGAACCCCUCCUGCAGCUCAACCGGAUGGUCAAGCAUGAAAAUCGCCAUCACGAUCCGAAAAUACAGAGACAACGAGUACAACGCGCGAGUGUAUCAUCAGCGGUGUAAGGAGUGUGAUUGGCUGAGUCGGCCGGAGUUGGAUGAGAGUUACGCGGAGAGAGUGGCGUAUCGGAUUAAGAAGUGGGGUGGGGUGAGGAUGGAGAGGCCGGUUUAUAGUAUGGGGAGGGGGAAAUCGAAUGGGCCGCAUAAUCGGAAACUGUGUGAGGGAUGUAAGGAGGGGCAUUGUCGGGAGGGGGAGAGGGAGUGGGAGGAGGAGUGGGUGGUGUAG